AAAGAACAGACAUAGACAUAACAGAUGGGUCGUCCAAUUUGUUUCGCACAUGUUAUCUGAGUUGACAUGCCGAUAUUAUAUUACUAGUCCAAAUCAUACUAUGCCAUCCCACCUUCUCUCUCUCUCUCUCUCUCUCUCUCUCUCUCUCACAGUCUUCUUCCGUCUCGUGCCCUAGAUCCAAACACCUGUUAACAGUUGGCUCUCGAGAUUUCACGUAGCUUUCACGUCUGGAUUUAAUCAGUAGUCAUGCAUUAAUUAGGCAAGUCCCAGUCCCUGGGCAGCCGGAGAUGUUGAAUUAAAUUCGUUUGAUAUUCAGAUUCUAGCUAAAAUCAGUUUUAAGGCGGGUGUUGUAGGCUCUUUGGUGUGUCUCUCUUAAUACAGACAUACAUGCUUGAUGGAGAUGCUGGAAAAUGAUAAGUUACUUUGAGGCCAAGUUGUGAUGAAUUAACUCUAGAUGAAGACAGCUCAUGGGUGGCGUCUAAGCCUGAAAGAAAUGCAGAUCUUGCCUGUCUCUCGCCACCGAACCCAACUGAAGAAGCCAACAUGGAUCAUAGUUUUACUUUCAUUGGUCUGCAUGUUCUUGAUUUGCGCUUAUGUUUAUCCACCCCAUAACACGGCUGCUUGUUAUGUGUUCUCAUCUAAUGGUUGCAAUGGAUUUUCCAAAUGGCUCCCACCUGCUGCUGGUAGGGAACUUACAGAUGACGAGAUUGCCUCUCAUGUUGUGAUUAGGGAUAUUUUGAGUACACCACCAUGUCAAACAAAGAACCCCAAACUUGCUUUUCUGUUCUUGACUCCGGGUCCAUUGCCUUUUGAGAGGCUCUGGGAUAAGUUUUUUCAUGGCCAAGAGGGUAGAUUUUCUGUCUAUGUGCAUGCCUCUAAGGAUAAACCCCUUCAUUUUAGCCGUUACUUCAUCAAUCGAGAAAUCCGCAGUGACAAGGUAGUAUGGGGAAAGAUUUCAAUGGUGGAUGCAGAAAGACGACUGUUAGCAAAUGCACUUAAAGACCCUGACAACCAACACUUUGUAUUACUUUCUGAUAGUUGCAUCCCAUUGCAUGAUUUUGACUACGUGUACAACUAUCUAAUGUACACCAAUACCAGCUUUGUUGACUGCUUUGAGGAUCCAGGACCACUUGGAAAUGGCAGGUAUUCAGAGCAUAUGUUACCGGAAGUCGAGAUGAGUGACUUCCGGAAGGGUGCACAGUGGUUCACCAUGAAGCGCCAGCAUGCAUUAGUAGUAAUGGCUGAUAGUCUCUACUAUGCAAAAUUCCGGGAUUACUGCAAGCCAGGAAUGGAUGGACGCAACUGCUAUUCUGAUGAACACUACUUGCCCACAUUUUUCAGUAUGUUUGAUCCAGUUGGCAUCACAAACUGGUCAGUGACACAUGUUGAUUGGUCUGAAGGAAAGUGGCAUCCAAAAUCGUACACGGCUCAAGAUAUCACUGUAGAGCUUUUGAAAAAUAUUACUUCUAUUGGUGAAAGUGUGCAUGUUACCAGUGAAGAAAAGAAAGAAAUUCAGAUCAGAGCCUGCUUAUGGAAUGGAAGGCCACGGCCCUGUCACUUAUUUGCAAGGAAGUUCUUACCAGAAACUCUGGACAACUUGAUGCAAAUUUUCUCCAAUUACACAACAAUUUAAAUAGGAUAAAUCAUCAUUGUGAUUCUUUGGCCGGACCGGCGUUCAUUCAUCACCAGUGUCCAUCGUCGUUUCUCAUGUUCGUUGCUAAGAAUGCUGUAAAAGCGCCUUCUAUAGAUGGAUGGAAUGCACCCGGCCUGGCAAAUUUUUUUCUUUUCCUUUCUCCAAAGCAAGGGCAAAACAAGCAGAGCAGCUAGUGUGACACAUGCCAAGUAGAGCUGAAAGUUGACAAAGCUGUUGCUAGGAUUAUUGCUUCCUUUGGGAAGGAUCAUAUAGUUUUUUCUUCUCUAUUUGUGUCGCGCAAUUUUGGGCCCAUGUUUAUAAUUGUAGCAUUUUUGAGGGGGAUUUUGGAUCUUUUGUUGCUGUGUAGUUAAUUGUUGACGAAUUAUCAUGAAGCUUGCAAAUAUUUGGUACUUUAUUGCAGAUACGUAACACCAACCACAGGAUUUGCAAAUUA